UGACAGAGCAGAGAAUGAAGCUGUACUGAAAAAUGCAGAUGAAUUUAGUCACAAUUGGAUAAAAGCAACGAUGAUGAAUCGUUUCAACUUACAGGGAAAAAACAAAACAAAAUCUAAAGUCUAAAAUUAAUAUUGGAUGUUAACCACUCCCCUUUUAGUCCUUUUGGGUGCCAGUUUCCACUGAACGUAGAACUCACUUCCUUCUUUGAGCAUAAUUAGUCAAACUGAGCCACCCCCCAUGCAUAUGCAAUGUGAUAAACACAACACACAAGCGUGUGUUGUUGCUUUUCAACUGCCGCCGUGCUCCUGAGCACAAUACUGCUGUUUACCAUGAGUUUGCUGUGCAGGUGGAUGGUGCCUGUUGUUUUGUGCAUUCAUUGUUCCAGUGGACUUGUCAAUUAUGUAUCGGAGGAAGAUAUGUUCCUCUUGAAGGAUGUGCAGGACCCCAAGUGUUUCACUCGAACCCUUAAUGAUUUCACCUGCUUCUUUGAGACAUUUGACAAUGAAACUUAUGAUUUGCUCUACAGUUAUGAUAGCAAUCCCUCAAAAUGUGCUAUGUCAGUCCAGAGGACACAAAACGGGUCUUUCCUGCACAUAUGUUCAUUUUCCGAUGUCUAUGUAUACGUUAAGAUGGACAUCAUGGUGGUAGAACCUGCCAAAAACACCAUUCUCUACAAUCGGACUGUCUGUGUGGAAGACAACUAUCUUCCAGAUCCCCGAUUUAGUGUGGUAUUGCAACCAAAUGGCCCAGGACAACUGCAGGUCUCAUGGUUGGCAAAAGGAAAGCUGCUGGACCCCGAGUAUACGACUUACAAAAUUCGAUACUUCACCAGAACCCAAAAAGAAAGAACAAUAGAGAUUGAGAAGACAAGUCUGGAGCUUUCUCUGGUUCCAGGUGAGGAGGUUGAGAUCCAGCUUGCUGUUAAAUGUGGUUAUGAUGAAAAUGUAGGACACUGGAGCAGCUGGACCCAACCUGUCCAUGCCACAGUUCCCCAAAGUGCAGAUGACAUCUCACUAACAUGCAGCACAUUUGAUCUGAAAAGUGUCACCUGUCAUUGGAAUGACGUCAUGGCUUCUGAAGAAAGUGAAAACAAACUGUUCUACAAGAUGGAUAUCAAAGAACCUCCAUACUGGACGCCCUGGUCUGAGUGUGUUUGGAGUGGGAACAUAACUAAUGUGUGUCACUUUCAUGGAGAUGAGUCUAAAAAAGUUAUGGUCAAGCUCGUCAGCACUUCAGCUGCAUCCAACAGAACUUUUUUCACCGAAGCCUUCAAGGUCAAAAACUCUAUCAAAACGUUUCCACCGAGCCAUCUGAGAGGAACGCUGAAGAAAGGAGAGCUGUGUUUGGACUGGGAAGCUCCUCGUUUUGCAUUGGAAACCCAUCUGCAGUAUGAAGUUGACAUUAAGAUCAGAGGAGGUGAAGGAUGGAAGAAGGUUAAAGAAAGAGAGACCCACACAUGCAUGAAGCUUCCAGGCAGCAGUCGUUUCAUAGUAAAGAUCAGAGCUAAACCAGAUGGGCUGACAUACUCUGGAAACUGGAGUGACUGGUCAGAUGCAUUCACUGGCGAGAUGACACCAGACACGAACAUUUUCCUUGUCUGGUGGAUCCUUGUUCCUACACUGAUCACAGGAGUCAUCCUCAUCUCAGUCCUUUUACUUUAUCGCAGUAAACUCAAGCAGUAUUUUUGGCCCCCUGUGCCCAACCUGGAAAAAGUUCUCCAAGGCUUUCUGACAGAAAUCAGCGGGCAGAAACUGCCUCCCCUCACAGUAAAGCAGUGCUUUGAAGAAACCACUUCAUCAGUGGUGGAGAUACUGUCUGAAAGUGAUGCCCUCCAAUCGGAGAAGUUGUUAGAAGAACCUUCCAAACUACUGUCAUCUACCGAAAGCUUUUUCACUGAAAGGCAGGUCAUUGGAAGUCCUGCAACAGAAGUCUUCAUGGAUUAUGUGACCCUUGAAAAAGAGCUGCCCCUUCUUUGCCUCGGUGUAAAUUUUUACCUGUAUGAUCAGGUUACGGAGAAAGGAGGUCCUGAUGAGGGUCCCAAACAUCCCCAAAGGUGUGUCUGCUUUUGCCCUGAUGGCUCAUCUUACGUCAGCCUUUAUGCAGAAAAUUACUUUCUGAAUGAUUCCUAUUUGCCAAUGGCUGACCCUCUGGAGAGCAGCAAGGGCAGAAUGGAUGAUAGAGAAUUUCCAGGCAACAUUUACACAGAUGUGUCAUACACCUAAAAGCAGUUCAAUCAAAGUACUUAGCAUGCAGUUCACACAGAGUGCUUAAAGAAACACACCAUACCUCACUGCAUAUAAAUGCAGAUGUCUGUUCAAAACUCUAAACCUCAUUUAAAAAAUAAUAAUAAAAAAUUGACUAUUGACAAUUUUGAUGUAAACAUAAAAGUGUUUAUUUUUUUGCAUUUAAACAGCGCUCUGAGAGCAUUCCUUAAUAUAGAUGCUUUUAAACACAACAUAAUUAGUUCAAAUUGUUUUUGUAAUACUUUAUGUAGUAUUUCAUCAGUGUUUUUUAUCAUAUAUUCUAAAAACAAAACUUUAGAGAGGAUUUUCUUAUUGUUGAUAUAUGUUUAAACCAACUGAGGAUAUUUUUGUAUGUAAAGGAAAAAAGGAAGAUGAGAAGGUUAUCCAUCGAAAAUAUUAUAUAUUUAUAUAUAUUUAUAUAUAAAUAAAUAUACACUGUAUAACGUUUUUAUAUGUUUUACUUAACUUUUAAAACAUGUAUGUUGAGCUUUUAUUUUCCAAUAAAUUGUAAUAUUUCUCCUGCUCCAACUCCUGAAAUCUGUUUUACGCGUUUCGCACCACCAGAGGGCAGUAGAGAUUAACAAAGAAUAGACGUAAAUUGUUCUUGAGUUGUUUGUGAGCCUGGAUUAUAGUGACUUUUGUGUCAUGAUAACAUAAAUAUAUAAAUCUAAUAAAACACUGAGUCGUUAAAUUGUUUAUUUAACAAACAAUAACAGUCAAAAUGCCUAAUUUAGGGUGAUAACAAUAAUUAUCACAACUUGCAAAAUCUAAAAUAAGACCCCAUGGAAGAGUUACAUCAUGGCUGUUGCUGAAAGGAUCAUUAGAAGAAAUUCCAGGCUUCAUAUUGAUUCAAGAUUGUUUUCAUCUUCAUGGAAGGCAUAUAUUGAUGAUUGUAAAUGGGAAAAAUGGGGGAAAUUUUAAAGAUUUGCAGAAAUCAAAACUGCUCUGCAUUUACUGUUUGCUGUCAGUGCAGAUCUAGUACACUGUCUUCUGUAAAGUAAACAUUAAAAAGGUUUACUGUUGCAUAAAAUAUUUGUAUACUAUAGUGUAGAAAUAUUCAAAUCAGGGAUUUACAGAUGACACUUGAGCUAUACUACAUUGCAGUUUUUCUACUCAUCAGAGGUCCCUGCUGCACUUUGAAAUAAAAACUGCAUUACAUGAGCUGAAAGCCACAUAUCUCUGGGUUAACAUAUCUCUUUGUUCAAAUGGACAAAGAGACAGACACUUGCUGUAUGUUUAACCAGUCUAUAUUUUUGCCUGCUUUUAGGAGAAAUGAGCAGCAAGGUCUAUAAAGUGAGCAUCUGGGUCUUUAUCACUUAAAUGUACAUAUAUCUGUUAAACUAAAAUAAAAAUAAAAACAUGCACUUUU